GCACGUGUGCCGCGUGUUCGUGUCGACUGCUCGAUCAAACAGUCGAUAGGUUUAGUCAUAGCAGUGUAGUUCAAUAGUAAUUAAUAGGCAUCAGUCCAGCGAAGUAGAGGCUAUGUAUAUUUUACAUAUCUCGCAUACAUACACUUAGCCGCGUAAAAUAUUACAAUUAUUGAUACCUAUGUUAUACGCACGAGUGGCUUCCCCACGCUGUAAUUACGUUUUCUAACCACUCACGUUACUGCACAGUCGCGCUUCUUGUUUUGCUUAUUAUAGUGCUUCGGCCGUGUGUUCGUUACUUGCUAAUAUAUAAAUCGUAGUGCACGUGUAGCUAGCCAGCGCACGUUACGACAAUCCAGUGUACACAGGUGAAAGGUGACAUCAAUCGCAGUUGGUCAUUUUUGUGAAUAAAAUUGAAAUUUUAAAUUAUAACAGUGACUGCUUUUGUGGGUGAAAAAGUGAAAUAAUGUUCGAUGCCGAAUUCAACGUAAAUUUCGAUAACCAAGAAAAAAUCGAAAAAGUGAAAAGCUUACGAAAAGAUUUCAAUUUGGAUGACGAACGAGAGCGAUAUAAAUUUCUCCAGCAUAUUGAUCCUUGGAUAAAAGAAUGGAACGGCCAAUUUCCGAAUCUUCGAGAAAUUUUUCAAAAUGACGAAAUCGAGCGUCUUCUUUCUGAUUCAAUAAGCCAUUUGGGAGCUGCAAAUGAUUUUCAAAAAGCACGAUUUCUCCACUUGGUCGUUGGCAGCGGUUACAAACAUGAGCCCGAACUCGAUGAAGAAGGUAAGCCACUGUGCCAUCGCACAACGCCGGUGCACCACGCGGCUCGAUUCAAGAGCUACUGCAUCGUCCGUGAACUUUUUAAAGUGUAUGACAAUGUAAAUUACACCGACGAAUUAGGAUACACGCAUUAUCAUGCGGCUGUCGAGUUUGGCUGUGAUGACAUCGUAGAGAAAUUCCUCGAGCUCGGCCAGGAUCCCAAUGGCCUCGUUCGAAAGUGGGGCGCGAGGUCAGCUGAACCGUUGCUACACGUGGCUCUCAACAACAAAUGUAAGAGUACGGUACGAUUGCUGCUGAAAAAAGGAGCCGACCCAAAUUUAACCGAUGCACGGGGAUUGACAGCUUUGCAUAUCAUUUGCAAAAGUCACAGCGACGAUCAUGACUUGGCGAGGAUAUUAUUCAAGUACAGUCGGAAAAAAUAUCAUCCGGUGUUGGUCGACGCCAAGGACAAUUUGGGCCGAACACCCUUACACUACGCUGUGACUAAAAGCUGUCAAAAAGAGAGUAUUCGAGUACUGCUGGAAAAUGGAGCCAACCCAAAUUUCCCCAAUGAACAGGGAUUGACAGCUUUGCAUAUCAUUUGCAAAAGUCACAGCGACGAUCACGACUUGGCGGAGGUAUUAUUCAAGUACAGUCAGGAAAAAUAUCAGCCGGUGUUGGUCGACACCAAGGACAAGUUGGGCCAAACACCCUUGCAUUACGCUGUGACCGAAAGCUGUAAAGAACAUAGUAUUCGAGUACUGCUGGAAAACGGCGCCGAUCCGAAUGUGGGCAACGCGAAAGGAUUGAGUCCAUUGCAAGUUAUUUGCCAGGGUAACUGGGACAAUUAUAACUUGGUGGAGAUGUUGAUCGAGAUCAGCUCCAUGCAUAAACCGGUGGAACUCAAUGUACAGGACUCAUUAGGUAACACACCGCUACUCCGGGUCCUCCUUUAUAACUACAGAAACGUGUUCGAAUUGUUGCUUCGAAGCGGCGCAGAUCCAAAUGUGACCAAUAAAGAGGGAUCUACGGCUCUGCACAUCAUUGGCAAAAGAUUGUGGCUAGAUGACUUUGCGGAAAUGGUAUUCGAGCUGAGCCAGAAAAAAUAUCAGCCGUUGCAAAUCGAUGCCCAAGACAAGGACGGCAACACGCCGCUGCACUUGGCUCUGUUCCACGAUAAAAAGAGGGUAGCUGAAUUGCUGCUGAAGAGAGGAGCCAAUCCCAAUGUGAUCAACGCAGGAGGACAGACUCCUCUGCAUCUUAUUUCCAAGAUGAAUCCCGAUAUAAACUGGAUUGAAUCGUUCUUCGACAUUUGCGACCAAAAACAUCAUCCGAUGCAGGUGAAUGUCCCAAACGAGGAAGGUAACACGCCAUUGCACUUGGCUUUGCACCACAGAAACAGGAAGGGGUCCGAACUGCUGUUAGCAAGAGGCGCCAACCCAAAUUCAACCAAUGCAAAAGGAUUGACCCCUUUGCACAUAAUUUGCCGGAUGUACCGUGACAACGGUGCCACAGCGAGGAUGUUAUUCGAGCGCAGUCACGACCGAUACAAGCCGCUGCGCAUCGACGCUCAGGACAAAGAGGGUAACACACCGCUGCACGAAGCUCUGCUCCACAAUGGACGCGACAAUGCCGAAUUGCUAAUGAGAAGAGGCGCCGAUGUGAAUUUGACUAACGCGCGUGGAUCUACGCCUCUACACAUCAUUUGCGAGUACAAGGGUCUGUACAAAUUGGCGGAGUUGUUAUUCCAAAUCUGCGGCGAGGAAAAUGUAACGGUCCCAAUCAAUGCCCAGAACAUCGACGGUAACACACCGUUGCACUUGGCUCUGUACUUGGAUAACAAGAGGAUGGUGGAAUUGCUGCUGAGGAAUGGCGCCGAUCCAAAUUCAUUCAACGUAGAAGGUUCGACGCCUCUACAUCUUAUUUGCAAAGAGGAAAAGGAUAGCGACAUGGUGGAGAUGUUCUUCGAGAUCGCUGGAGAAAGACAUCAGCCGGUGCAGAUCGAGGUUGUGGACAGAUUGGGUCUGACACCACUUCAAUGGGCUGUGUCAAAUUUCAAGUUGAAUGCGGUCGAGCUUCUACUGGUUCAUGGUGCCGAUCUGUCUACUUUCGCUUUUCCCGCUGUGAAUUAUUCUAGGAAUCAUUUUACGUGUCCUAAUGUUAAAUUUAAAUGGGCGUCUAUCGUUAUGGCAGUCGUCGAGAGUCUCGAAAAAGGAGGAUACGAACUGUACCGAAGCGACGCCCUCGCGGUCGUAAAAUAUUUUGCCAAAUACCAAUUGUUCGAGAAGUCGGAGAAUCACGACAAAUUUUGGCGCGACGAUAAUAAGUUCAAAAGUAAAGCCAAAGAGAUAAUGAUAAGAGACGACGAUCCAAAUCUGUCGCUCUACGAUCUGAUUCAGUUACGACCCAAAGAGGCGGUGAAACUAGUCACAUAUGCGGACUGUUUAAAAUUCGCGCGCUCAAAGAAAUUGGGAAGGCUUCGCCAAAGACAUAUUGAGGCUUGUGCAUUGCACCUGUGCGAGAAAAUUACAAGGAUAUUUUUACUGGGCUGGGCAAUCGAUUGUUUCUGGGAACUGAUACACCACCGACUGCCGCUUCUCUGUUGCGACAUGAUCGUCGAGUGGCUGGCGAACAAAGAUUUGUGUAAUAUUUGCUUGGCCAAUGAAAUUCAAAGCUAGCGUUUGUGAUAAUUGUAUACUUGCAGUGUUUUUUAAUUGUUUAGUAUUGAUUAAUGAACCAU